GUCAUCUCCCCGCCCCUUUCCCGGCCACGCCCCCUCCCUUCACUGGGCCCCGCCCCGUAGCUAGGGGAUUUCCAAGCAGUCGCUUCAACGUCGCAGGCGACAGCAGCGUCACAGAGGAGAGGACACUGCGCUGAUACUUGACGAUGUCGUUCCACGCAUCGAUUCUCCGAGAUCUCGACCAGCAGAAGAGCUUCUGUGAUGGCGAUGUUCAGCUCACGCUGUCGCGGCUGGAGGACCUCACAGAGGGAAUGGAGCCGGGGACUCACACAGAGCUGCUGGUGGGAGUUCUCUGCUCUGUGAUGGAGGGAGUGAUGGAGGGGACAGCGAUUGGGACUCCACCGCAGCAGCGACUGGCGCUGAUCGAAGCGGCGCUGCGAGUUCUACUCACCCACUCGCUCACCAGUCACGAGCUCCGUGAGGAGUUGGCUCAAUGUGGUGGAGUGAAUUUCCUCGUCACUUUGCUCAGCUCACUGCAGCGCAACAACGAGGGUGUGUACGGAGUCUUCCGCUAUGGACUGGCGUUGCUCCAGUGCCUUGGGAGUCCAUCGCUUCGUCACCUCUGGGGUGGUGGUGGUGGUGGUGAGCGUGGUGGUGAGCGUGGUGGUGAGCGUGGUGGUGAGGAGCGUGGUGAGGAGCGUGGUGAGUUUGCUCUGGCACUGUUGCGGGACAUCGCUGAAAGUCAUCCGGACGAACGCAGCCGCAUUCAUGCUCACCAAGCGGUCGAAACGCUCACCAGCUCACCAGUUGCCAUGCCAAAGAUUUCGAAAAUCUCCAAAAGAACGCCAAUCAAGAUGGCCUCCCCCGUGGAGAUGUUUGAGAGGCUGCUGCAAGAUCUGCACAAGCAGGAAAGUGUAGGUGGUGAGCUCCGUCACCUCACCAGGAGUCGCCUCAACGAUCUGCAGAAGCUCAGCGCAGAGCCACUCACCACUCUGUCCAACGAACACGUAGCUGGAGUUCUCUUCGGCCUGCUCCAGGCUCUUUGGCCUCACCACUCAGCGAUGGUGAGCGGUGAGGACGGUGAUGAAGAGAUGGGAGACGUGGCACUGACGCUCACCAUCAUCCUCACCCUCACGCUCACCAACGCCUCACUCGGUGAGUGG